AAAGAAAUAAAAAUGGAAAUGAGACCCAGUCUUCCAAAUACCUAAGCUGGCCGCGGCCGCCCCCCCGCGUUGCCAGGGCAGCGGCGGCGGCGGCUCCCGGCCGCCAUGAGCAGGAAGGGGAGAAAGCUCCUGGUGGACUCGCUGACCCGGUCCGCCAAGCACUUUACCAAAAGCGAAGUGGAAUGUCUGGUCAAGCUCUUCGACACGCUGGUGGCCAAAGCCAGCAGCCAGUUCGCUGGGGCCGGCUUCGACCGCACCGUGUUCCGCGACACCCUAUACAACGCCUUUGGCAUGACGGAUGACGUGGUGUUGGACCGAGUGUUCAGCACUUUUGAUAAAGACAACACUGGCUGCAUCAAUGUGGUGGAAUGGGUGGAAGGCUUAGCAGUGUUACUUCGAGGGACACUGGAAGAGAAGAUGAAAUACUGUUUUGCCAUUUAUGACCUGAAUGGUGAUGGAUACAUUUCAAAAGAGGAAAUGUUUCAAAUGCUGAAAAACAGCCUUCUCAUACAACCAGCAGAUGAAGAGCCUGAUGAGGGAGUUAAGGACUUGGUAGAGAUAGCACUGAAGAAAAUGGACUAUGAUCACGAUGGCAAGCUUUCUUUUACGGACUUUGAAACAGCAGUCAGAGAUGAAAACCUUCUCUUAGAAGCCUUUGGACCAUGUUUGCCAGACAUAAAGGUGAGUUGUACGAGGCAUAAACCUGUCAAUUCCAUUGCAAGCUGGAACCAUUCUUUGCUGCAUUAAGGAAGCUGGUGGAGUAUGUCCUCCUGGAUGUACACUUGGAGUUAAAGAUGUGUUUUGACCAAAGUACCCAGAAAUUUCAGCACAAUUGUUAUCAUAGGGUGGAGGUGUUAACAGGCUCUGAUUCUGAUUCCCAGAUGGA